UUUAUACACAUUAGCCACAAUGUUCGCUCUGCGCACUGCCAACAACGUCUCUGCUCGUUCGGCCAACCUUGCCCCGGCUAUCGCCGCACUGGCCCGCUUCAAGUCCACCGCCUCGUCCACCUCGUCGCUGAAGCAGCGUGUCCAGGAGCUCAUCCCCGAGAAGGUCGCUGAGGUCAAGGAGGUCAAGCAAAAGUACGGCGAUCGCGUCCUCGGCGAGACCACUGUCAACAUGGCUUACGGUGGCAUGCGCGGCAUCAAGGGUAUGAUCUGGGACACCUCUCUGCUCGAUGCCAGCGAGGGUAUCCGCUUCCGCGGCAUGACUAUCCCCGAGGUCCAGGAGUCGCUGCCCAAGGCCGAGGGCACCACUGAGGUCACCCCCGAGGGUCUGUUCUGGCUCCUGCUUACCGGCGAGGUCCCGACCCUGGCCCAGGCCCAGUCUGUCACCGACGAGCUCAACUCGCGCGCUGUCCUGCCGUCGUUUGUCGAGGAUCUGAUUGACCGGUGCCCCAACACACUGCACCCGAUGUCGCAGUUCUCGAUCGCCGUCAACGCCCUCCAGCAUGAGUCCAAGUUUGCCAAGGCGUACCACGCCGGCAUCAACCGCAAGGACUACUGGGACCCGGUGUUCGAGGACUCGCUCGACCUGCUGGCCAAGCUGCCGCUCGUCGCCUCGCGCAUCUACCGCAAUGUCUUCAAGGACGGCAAGUACGGCGCCAUCGACACCUCGGUUGACUACUCGCAGAACUUUGCCAACCUCCUCGGGUUCUCGGAGAACAAGGAGUUUGCCGAUCUGAUGCGCAUGUACCUCGUCAUCCACUCUGACCACGAGGGCGGCAAUGUCUCGGCUCACACCACCCAUCUUGUCGGCUCUGCCCUGUCCGACCCGUACCUGUCGUUCGCUGCUGGUCUCAACGGCCUCGCCGGUCCGCUGCACGGCCUUGCCAACCAGGAGGUCCUCCGCUGGAUCCUUGACAUGACCACCGCCCUGGGCACUGAGACCCCGACCGAGGACCAGAUCCGCGACUACUGCUGGAAGACCCUGAACUCGGGCCGCGUCGUGCCUGGCUACGGGCACGCCGUGCUGCGCAAGACCGAUCCGCGCUACAUGGCCCAGCGCGAGUUUGCGCUCAAGCACCUGCCCAACGACAACCUGUUCAAGACCGUGUCGGCCAUGUACAAGGUUGUUCCGGGAGUCCUGACCGAGCACGGCAAGACCAAGAACCCGUGGCCCAACGUCGAUGCCCACUCGGGUGUCCUCCUCCGUCACUACGGCCUUGUCGAGCAGGACUUCUACACUGUCCUGUUCGGUGUGUCGCGCGCCUACGGUGUCCUGGCCCAGCUCAUCUGGGACCGCGCCCUCGGUCUGUCGAUCGAGCGCCCCAAGUCGCUGACCACCGAGUCCAUCCGCAAGAUGUUCGAGAAGUAAGCGCUCCAAAAGUAACACUCUUCU